GACAACAAACACCAGCGCUCCUGACGGCACACAAAACAAAACAAAACACAGGGAUGAGUUUAUGAAGGGACAAAAGUGUGUGUGUGUGUGUGUGUGUGUGUGCGUGUGCGUGCGUGUGCGUGUGCGUGGAGGGGCCAGGCUUAGACCAAAUCCUUUCUCCUCACUCUCUUUCUUCACCUCUCUUACCCUCUCCCUCUCUCUCUACUCUGGGAACAAUAACAGGGGAACACCCAGCAGGGACAACAAAAUAUUUUCGUGAAAUUGGCACCGAAAUCUUUGCAGAGGAGCUGAAAUUUGUGAGCAAAACACAGUCAGGAUGAUGACCCAAGAAGACAUGGACUAUGAAAACGACACUUACGAAUACUUGGAGUAUGGCUAUGUAGAGGAGGCCAAAGCUGGCAGCUACACUCAGAGAGAAGCUCUUCACAUCAUAUCAGUGAUUAUCUAUAGCCUGGCAUUUACUCUGGGUGUAAUUGGGAAUGGCAUGGUGAUCUGGGUGACUGCCUUCAAAAGCAAAAGGACCGUGAACAGCAUUUGGCUGCAGAAUCUGGCCAUUGCCGACUUUGUGUUUGUGCUUUUCCUCCCGUUCUCCAUCGACUACGUGCUGCGGGACUUUCACUGGCUCUUUGGGAAGACCAUGUGCAAGCUGAACUCAUUCGUGUGCACCAUGAACAUGUACGCCAGCGUGCUGUUUCUCACCAUCCUGAGUUUGGAUCGCUACAUCUCACUGGUCCACCUGAACUGGUCGGAAAGGUUUCGAAACGUCCGGCGGGCCUGGUGGGUGUGCGCGCUGAUUUGGAUCACAUCCUGCCUUUUAAGCUGUCCGGCCCUGAUUUUCCGUGACGUAAUCCAACAUAACGGGAAGAUUGUGUGUUUUAAUAACUUUCACGAUGAGAGCGCGCACAUGAUAGCGGUGAGACACAUUGCGAUGGUGUCUCUGCGCACCACCGUGGGCUUUCUGCUUCCGUUUGCCACCAUCACCGUGAGCGGCGUGCUGCUGGCUGUUAAGAUGCGCCAGUCCGACUCGGUGCGUUUGACCAGCUUUUCCAGAACCGUCUCUGCUGUGAUUCUUGCGUUCUUCCUGUGUUGGGUGCCGUUCCACACGUUCAGCCUGAUGGAGCUGAGCAUGCACCACACCACCUACCUGCACAGCGUGCUCAUCGUGGGCUUCCCCCUCGCCACCAGCCUGGCCUUCUUCAACAGCUGCGUCAACCCCAUUCUCUACGUGCUGCUCACCAAGAAGGUGCGUAGACUGGUGAGGAGGUCGUGUUUGAACUUCACUAAGAACUCGCUGAGAGAGCUGAGUCAGUCUGUGUCAGCUACUGAGAUAGACUCAGGACUGGCCAGCUGCUCUCCCGAAGAGCCCAUGGCCAACUCCUCCAUCUGAUGGGCUCAGCCGUCACUCCAAACGCACCCUAGAGCUCCAACUGAACUGAAAAUAAAUUUUGACUGAUUGGUUGGGAAAUACUGGCUUUUAAAGGUACAGUAAGUGAUUUCUGAGAAACACUGUUGAUAUUUGAAAUCAACUCAAACAAGCACACCCCUCCCUUCAUUGCUCAGCCCCCAAAAUGCAUGAACACGCAAUGCAAGUGUGGAUGUCUCUUUAUCAUAGCUGAAGAGAAGCAAAGUAACGUAUGGAGCAGAAAAACAUAACCUCGGCGUCCGUUUUCAGGCCUUCCCGUUUAGGUCCCUCCAGCGCUGGAAAGCUUUUCUAAUAUUAAAAUCCUAAAGGUCCUAAAGCUCUUGCCUGAUCAUAACCCCAGUGAUAUUCCUCUGAGCCAUCAGUCUUUCUUCAAAUCUCCCUCUUGCUCGCUCCGUCUCCUCCCCCAUCAUGAGUGGACACGCCCCCUACUACUGAUUGGCUACAAGAUUGUUUUGAUGCUUGUUCCAAUCCACUUUCAACAGCAUUUUCCAAAAAUGGCUUACUGCACCUUUAAACCUUAUGCAGUACAUUACAGUAAAUAUGUAUUUAAUGCAUCAUCUCUUUUAUAUUUAGCACAAUCUAUAUUAUAUAUAUAUAUAUAUAAUAUUAGUACUGUGCAAAAGUCUUAGGCCAUCACCAGCUUUGUUGUUUUAGCAAUGUUUUAAUUACCAUCCAUAUUUAUUUUUUCAGUCUCUUUAUUAUGAUACAAACAGAAAAUAUAGGAAAUAUGUACACAAAAUGUAAAAAAAAAUUCUGAAGAAAAUUGUUUCUUUAAGCAAAAAUCAGUAUUUAGCGUGACCUUCUGUCACGUCUCAUGGACUUCCAUUUUUUCAAAGAAGAAACUCUGAGAAUCUUCUCAUCAGAUUUUGAACAUUUUCUUGGCCUUCCAGUCAUUUUCCGUUCCAUUUAGGUUUAAGAGAGGCGGUUCCUGCUAUUGCUCAAGUGUGAGGAAAGGUCACUAAAUACUUGCCUUUUUAGCCUAUAAAAGCUGUUUUUUUUUUUUCUGAUUUUUUUUUUCUGUUUAAGACCAAUAAUGCUUAAGACCAUUAUACCAUUGCUAAAACAACAUCUAAUGUUGGCCUACGACUUUUGCACAGUACUGUGUGUGUGUGUGUGUAUAUAUAUAUAUAUAAAGUAAAUCAUAUAUAGUUUCUCCUGUAACCAUAUGAAAUGAAUAAAUAUACUUUUCUCUAAAGUGUUUCUGAACAUUUCUGAUGUGUCCCAAUUUGUGUAUUUAUGCACUAUUCUAUGCCGUUUUGUUGUAUAAAUGGGGGGAGGGGGGUCCUGCAGAGUUCAGCUCCAACUUGCCUCAACCCACUUGGAAGUUUCUAGUAUGCCCAAUUACACCUUGAUUAGCUGGUUCAUUUGUUUAUUUUGUGUUGGAGCUGAAUUCUGCAGGACAGUGGCCCUCCAGGACCAAGUUUGGAGAGUCCUGCACUAAAUAAGUACAUAGUGCAUAGUGUCAUUUGGGACCAAUUUAAGAGUACACUCUUAGAAGAAAAGAUUCUAUAUAGAACGUUAAAGGGUUCCAUCAGGCGCUUCAUAUGUAGAACCUUUUAGAAGAUCCCAUCAUGGGAUUAUUUUAUGGAUUUAGUUUUAAUUAACUAAUUUGGUUUAUCGCUUUAUCAAUAGAAAAAAAUGAAAUAACCCAUUAAACAUGAAGGGAUUAUGCAAUCUCAUUAUAUAGAACCUUUUUGGUGUAAUGAGUUCUUUAAAACUGAGUCAAGAACCCUAGAGUUCUAUAUAGAACCCCACUGAACCUUUUUUCUAAGACUGUAAUAAUGAGGAAUGAUAUUUCAGCUCCUCUUGAAAGAACUCUGUUACUUACUAUUGUGUUAUUUGGAUGCACACUGUAACUGAAUGAAUAAAGUUAGUAAUAAAUUGCUCA